UGCGGGUCUGUGCGGAGGAUGACGGGAGUCGGGAGGGGCAUGUCGGGAGCGUGCAGCGAUGGCUGCUCCGAUUCGCCUCCUGGAGUGGGUCUUCGCCGUGUACUUCCUCUCUCAUAUUCCCAUCACGUUAAUGAUAGACCUGCAAGCGCUUCUGCCUGGAGCUGGUAUCUACCCAGAGAGCCUGACAGAGUUGUUACAGUGGUAUGCAGUCACCUUUAGAGAUCCAAUGAUGAUCCAGCCCCCUGAGUGGUUUAAGUCGUUUGUAUUUUGUGAAGCCUUCUUACAAAUGCCUUUCUUUCCCAUUGCAGCAUAUGCCUUCUUAAAAGGUGGCUGCAAAUGGAUAAGGACUCCUGCAAUUAUCUACUCCAGCCACGUAGCUACAACUUUGCUCCCUAUCAUUGCUCAUAUCCUGUUUCAUGAUUUCUCAAAAUCUGAGCAUUUGGGCCCUCAGACACAACGUGAACGCCUAAUUCUCUUAUCUGUAUAUGCACCGUAUCUGCUGAUUCCACUCCUGAUUCUCUUUACCAUGCUGUACAGCCGCCAAUACAACCAUGUGGAGAAAAGGAAAAAGAAGUGAGUCAGCUAUAAAAAUUGUAAGUGCAGCACUCAUACCUGUUUAUUAGAGCCUAUGCUGACCUAGUCCUUUGGGACAAACAUCUGUCUAAUAUUGUCAACUGCCACAGCUCUUACCCAAGCAUCAGACUCCUGCAAGAAAAGUUGGAAUUGCCUUGAGCUUAUAGCUCUGCUCUAAUCAUUUGGCAGAAGCCUCUAUUAGCCAUUCCCUGUAGUACCUCUGCAUACGCAGCUCAAGGGACCUAGCUCCUCUCACACUGUUGAUCUUGUGCGGCACAUCUGUAUUAGGAAAAUAAACCUUUUCCACUGUGGUAUGCAACUGCACAUGGGGGUGUGUGGGAGGGAACUGCACCUGAUACUUGUUCUUCAUUCAGCUAGUCUUUUUCAAAGAUGAUGUUACAAAGUCAGUUAAGAAACCUCUCUUCUAAGAACACAUCGUGCAAACUCUGUAAUUAUACACAACUUUGCAAAACUAUGCUUUUGAAGCAUUUCCAUAUAACAAUCCUUAACUUUCUCAGCCCUUCCAAAAAGCAAAAUCUCACUCUGCUUUCCUCAGUUCAAAUUUUGAUUACCUGUAAAUGUCUGGUCAGUGAAAUAUAUGCCAAAAAUCUGGAUUUCUGAAUGCUUAAAGUUAACUUAGUUUUACAGUGAGGCAUGCUUCUUCCCAAAGGAUUUUGAAGAACUUCAGCAAUUGUAAAUAAGCAUUUGUAAGCUACUCACUUCCAAUGAAAUCACUUCUAGUAUGGAAAUAAAUAACUAAAUGCAUCUGAACUAGCAUUUCGUUUAAACUUCUUAUGGGAAUGGCUAAAAGGAACUUAAAAUGACCAUGAGAUCCUACCUAGUCUAUACAGUAAAUGUUGCAUUAGACUUUGAAUUUACAGUAAAUAAAACCUACUUAAUGGUAGAGAUUUUUUUCUGUUGUUGUUCUCGGUCUGAUCUGCAAGAAUCAACCUCAGAGGUUUUUGUAAAAUUUACAGGUAAAAGAAUAGGCUCUUCAGUCACUACCUAUAUAUUUCAGGACUUCAUUGGUGUAUAAUUUAAAGCUUCUACAGGCUUUGAAAGGCCAAAAUUUCCAUAUUUAGUUGCCUAAAGACAAGCAUAAAAUGCAUCUAUUGGCACUUCAACAUAAGGCUUGAUUUUAAUAUCAGAUGCUAUGUGCUUGCAGCAUUGUAAAAUAUGGGCAUUCCAUUUUUAAAUGUAACAUUCAUACUUAUAGUUUAUACAUACCCCUUAUGUCACAGUAUGCUUGGAAUGGUUUGUUUCAUCAAUUUCAAGUUCUAUUCUUAAAAUAUUCAGAAAAGCAUUCUAGUCUAAUAUUACUAGCUGUAGGGACGCAGUACCUCAGAUGUAACUUAAUCUUAAUUCUGCUGUGUUUUCUACUUUUUUUGUUUGUAACUGAUCAAUUGUUACUCAUAAAUUUGUCCUCCUUUUCUUUUUAACCGGAUAGUAAAAGAAAAUCUGAUCAACACAGAUAAAAACUACUGCUGCUUCUC